CUCCUCGCCAGCUCACCCCCGCCAACCUCCGUUCCGAUCCACGCGAAAGCGGAGCCAGCGCCAAGAAGACGCCCUCGACGGUCCGGAGCUAGAGAUGGUGGCGGCGAUCGCGGUGGCGUCGGCGGGGCUGGGGAUGCUGGCGGGGGUGGCGAUGGCCAACAACAGCAGGCCGCCGCCCGACAGCGCCGCCGCGCGGCCGUGGAGGCACGCGGCGCCGCGGUGCGCGACGUGCGGCGGGAUGGGCCAGGAGGAGUGCCGCCUGUGCGCGCGCUGGUCCGACGCCGGGACCCGGGGCGGCGACCGCUCCGGGUGCGGGGCCUGCGCGGGCACGCGGCGGACGCCGUGCCGGAGCUGCGGCGGGUCCGGGACCGGGCGCCGCGCGCCCGUGCGGAUCGCCGCGGGGAGCGCGCUGCGCCCGAUCGUGCGGGCCAGAUGAGCCCUUCGGUCUAUCACGGCGAUGCCUCCCACUCUCGACUCGUCUCGCCUCGCCACGGCUGGACCGCCGAACGGAUGAAGGCGCCGUGGUGGCGAGCUGCUCUGGAGUCUGGAGCAGAAGAAUCACGGCGUCGAAUUCUUCCCCCUUACGUUUUCUUGGCUGAAAAAAAAAACAAGAUAGAGACUUUGUAACAUAUGCUACUAGAUUAGCGAGUUGAUCAAUCAAAUAUAUCUAUCAAAGUUAACUCCA